AUGGCAUUCAAAACACAUUUCAGGGGGAGAGAGAGAGAGAGGUGCAGCAAAUGCAUCCAAACGCUCAACCUCUCUUCAUUCUCUGUCUAAUCUCAGCACUCUUCACCACCAUCACUUUCAGUGCUGCUGCCUGCUCCAAUGGCAAUUGCCAGAUUCUGGAUUCUUGCUCAGCUGCCACUGACUGCGCAUCAAGUCUAUUCUGUGGCACCUGCCCUGCAAUGGGGAAGAGUCAGCCCAUCUGCAUCAGAGGCCAGGCCAUCCAACCUACCUCAGUUGUUAAGGGGCUGCCUUUUAACAAAUAUACAUGGCUGGUGACACACAAUUCAUUUUCCAUUGUGGAUGCACCGUCCCUCACUGGAGUCAAGAGGAUUACAUUUUACAAUCAAGAAGAUUCUGUCAGUAAUCAGUUAAGGAAUGGAGUGAGGGGAUUGAUGCUGGAUAUGUAUGACUUCAAGGAUGAUAUCUGGCUCUGCCAUUCGUUGCAGGGGCGAUGCUACAACUUCACUGCUUUUGAACCUGCAAUCAAUACAUUGAAGGAAGUGGAAGCAUUCUUGACAGAAAACCCGUCGGAGAUUGUAACCAUUAUUAUUGAGGAUUAUGUCCAUUCUCCCAAAGGGUUGACAAAGCUGUUCACCAAUGCGGGCUUACUCAAGUAUUGGUAUCCAGUCUCCAAAAUGCCUGCAAAUGGUGGAGACUGGCCAACUGUGACUGAUAUGAUCGCUAAGAAUUACCGUCUACUUGUUUUCACAUCAGUCGCUUCAAAGGAAGCUGAUGAAGGAAUUGCUUACCAGUGGAAGUACAUGGUGGAAAAUGAGCCUGGAGAUGGGGGGAUUGUACAAGGUUCGUGCUCAAACAGAAAGGAAUCAAGGCCACUCAAAUCAAAACAUGCAGCGCUGUUUCUACAGAACUACUUCCCCACAUUCCCUACCCAAAAGGAAGAUGCUUGCAAAGAACACUCAAGUGGUCUUACUGAGACUGUUGAUGCAUGUUACAAAGCAGCCAGGAAUACAAUGCCCAACUUUUUGGCUGUGAACUUUUACAUGAGGAGCGAUGGAGGGGGUGUUUUUGAUGCAGUAGACAGGAUGAAUGGUCAAACAUUGUGUGGAUGUAAUACCGUCAUUGCCUGCCAGGCAGGGGCACCAGCAGGAUUAUGCAAGAACGCCGGUGUGGAUAAUAGAACCCCUACAGCUAUCGAGGGAAGCUUUAAUGGGUCUGUACAGUUCAUCCCAUCUGCUUCACACCGUCUUCCUUUUCACCUUGCUUCAUCCCUAGCAUGCAGUUGUGCUAUUAUUAUUAUUAGUUUAAUUCUCUAGUGAACAGUGAAGGUUAAUGAGUGUUACCCUCUCAUGAUGGCUUCUAUUAUGUCAUCACGCGCAUUGGGUUUGAAGUUCAAAACACUCUAAGCUGCAUUUUCUCCAUAGUUAGUGGAAGAGGUAAAAAUGCUGGCUGGAGUUGUGGGAUAUAAUUGAAGGGGAAAUGUCCUUUUAAAAAUUUUGAGACCAAGGGUAAGAGUUGAUUUGUGCAUUAUGUGAAAAUGUGGGUACAUAGGAGGCAACAGUGACCCUGGAAAUGCUGGCAAGCUCCACUGGCGGCUGAGGUAUAUCUCAUUGCUGAUAUCUUGAUUUAUUCACUUAAGAAGUCUUUAGUUAUUGUGUAAACCACAUGAUCAUCUGUUGUUCAAGACCCUUUUUUUUUUUUUUGGAGGUUGAAUUCCACGUUGUAUGUUGUGAUGUUUUAGAAUGUAAGCAAUAUACAGGAAGCAGCAGUUGGUUUCUCACUGUUUU